AUGGCUACAACGUUAACAGUGAAAGUUCAUCCAGUUGUAUAUAUGACAAUUGUGUAUUCAUAUGAAAGAAGAUCAAAUAAACCAGGAGCUAAUGAUAAAGCAUUAGGAACUUUAUUAGGAUUUUAUGAAAAGAAUGCUAUACAGGUUACCAAUUGUUACGCGAUACCAUUCAGUGAACAGAAAGAAGAUACACCUGAAUUGGACGACGGUUUCAAUCAGUCGAUGUUGCAAAUGAUGAAACGAGCCACACCAUCAGAACAACCAGUUGGAUGGUUCUAUACAAAUGCUGAUCUGUCGGCACAUUGCCUUCCUUAUCAUGACUAUUAUAAUAGAUUGAUUAGCGAAUCAUCGGCAAAAAAAGAUCCACCACCAGUGGUACUAUUGACACUUGAUACGACUUUUAGCACAGUUGAGGAAAAUACGAGAAUGCCUGUCCGUGCUUACAUCAGAACGAAAGCUGGUAUCCCUGGCAGUCGAGAUCCUCAUUGUGCGAUGUUCAAUCCACUGAAAGUUGAAAUGGAUGCUUUUCCUGGUGAAAUCGUCGCCUUAAGACUAAUUCAUUCUGGAACUACUGAUAAGCAACGCGAAGUAAGAUUGGAAAAUGGAGUUCGACAUCUGGAGAAAAGUACAGGAGAAAUGGUUGCAUAUCUUCAGCGACUGCUGAAAUAUGUGAAUGAGGUUUUGCAGCAACCUGAACUUCCUGUUGAUUCAUCGAUGGGACGUCGGAUAAUGGACAUCGUUACAGCGACGGCUACUCAUUUGUCUGAAGAACGAUUGGAGAACCUUGUCAAGAAUAGCCUUAGGGAUUAUGUGAUGAUAUCAUACUUGUCUGGACUGACGAAAACGCAACUUGCCAUACAAGAACGCUUGGUGGCCCUAUAA